CAUAUAUAAAGGCACCCGCCACCUGCAGGCCAUCACUUGUGCUCACGACGUGGCGACAUGAGGGUCUUGGUUCUAUCUUGCCUUUUGGCUGCCAGUUUGGCAGCUCCUGCCGCACAACCCGAAAAGGAUGACGAUAAUUUGGCAGUAGAGGCUGGCCCUGGCGUGGUCCACGUUGUAGGUGCGCCAGUCGGGUACGAGGCCAAAGUAAUUACCGGAACUUCAGUUGCUGAUCGCCGACAAGCCGUAGCGUACGCAACUCCUGUUUUAUCCAACACUGGAACGCCAGUAUUUGCUGGCUUUGCACCUUCAGUCAGUACUUACGCAGCUUCUGUGCCAGUGCUACAUAAAUUCAGAGAAAUUGAUGAUGAUGAUGUCAAAGUCAUCUCUCAUGGAUACAACGCUGUUGCUAAUAUUCCUUCAGGAGUUAAUGUGGUAGUUUCGUCACCUGUAGCAACAGAACACACAGGACAAAUCAAAGUGGAAACUCCGGUUGUCACUGCUUAUCAUGCCACGAAUAAUGUUGCCUACAAAGUCGGACAGGCUGGUGCUGUUCCAGCUGCCGCCACUUACCACCAGGUGGGGCACUCAAUUUCUACUCCUGCUGUGGCUUCCUACGCUGUUGCGACCCCAGUGCAGUAUAAAGCAGCUGCUGUUGAUGUCGCUCCGGCCGUAGCAACUGUUCAACACCAGGCAGUCGUUCACGAAGUCAAACCAGUGUCUGUUGCAGUUCCAACUACCUAUACUUUUGAAUCUGCUCAAACAGUUGAGCUCGCUCCCAAGGAAGUUCAUGUACCGGUACACCAUCAGACAGUCCAUGUGCCAGUUGAGAAACGAGUUCAAUACGGAACAAAGAACUUUGUGGUUGGAUCCACAACAACGGUGCACAAGCCACAACUUUCUGCACCCGCCAUCAGCGCCCCAAAUGUUCUCGUUGCCAAGACCAACCUUGCUGCUCCGGAAGUCACUGUCCAUCAGUCUGAAGUAACCGUCGAGAAAAAGAGUCCAAACUACGUAGCAGCUCCUUACGAUGCCGGAGUUAUUGUUGAGAAAGCUAAUCCCGAAUUUAAGCAAAUCGAUGUCCCUACACCAGUUGAAGUCCCGCAACCAAUUCCUGUGCCAACCCCAUAUGCUGUGCCUGUAGCUCAGCCUGUUAAGGUUAAAAGUUCCAUCAAUCCAGUUGUACACACCGACGUGCAUACUGUACGGACAGAAAAUGUGGUGACACCCAUUGAGUACUCCGCUCACCAUCACGUCGCUGCAUCCCCCGUUGUUGCGUCUGCUCCGGCUGUUCAAACCUCGGCGGUGCAAGGAGCACCUGUAGCACUGUCUUAUGGGGCUCCUACCGCUACAGGAAUUGCCCAGGCAGUUGCGUUACAAGGAGUGCCCAGUCAAAGUUUUGCGGUUCAAGGAGUGCCCAGUCACGGUUAUGCCAUUCAAGGAGUGCCCAGUCAAAGUUUUGCGGUUCAAGGAGUGCCUAAUCAAGGUUUUGCCGUUCAAGGUGUGUCAUCACAAGGCUUUGUCUCAGGAGGUCAAGCCAUUGGAUACUCCGGUUUUCCAGCAGGGUACAACGCAGUCGUUGCAGCUUCUCCCACUUAUGUCGCUGGGGGCUACCAGAAAAUUGACGCCAUUCCUUCAACAGCCUUCACUGGACAGAAAGUAGGAGAAGCUGUUUUUCAGUCGGCAGUCAUAGGAGACGUCCAAACUGGUGCAGCUAAUAAAGUUAUUACUUACACAGCGGGUGCUGGGACCGUCGGGCAACAGGUUGUACAAGGCAAUCCUACUUUACACUUCGUCGCCGCUCCCGCAGCUCAAGUUACACUGAGUGGCCACGUUGAGAAGAAAAAUUGAUUGUUGUACUUCACAGGAGUCGUGUUAAUAUCAAAGAGUAAAUGUUAAUGACGCCGUAGAAGCUCGGAGACACAGUAGUAGGACUUUAAAGCGUUGCACAUGCGCAGCAAGCCAAUGGAUGUACGUAGUAUUUUCAAGCUCCAACAAAGGAAAUUGCCAGUUUUCGCUACGCUCACCUUAAGUUUGAAAUAUAAGAACCGAAAAAGACUAAC